GGCGCUACUCCGUAGGCCUGGAGCUUGGAGAGCUCCGGCCAAUCGCCAGAGAAACCGUUGCAUCAUCGCCGAAACUUUUCCAAGUGAGCCUGCCGAAGCUCCGGUCGGUUCGCUCCAGUCCGCCACCUAUACACAACCUCGUGCCAAUGAUGAAGGCCUUCACGCGCCUAGCAAGGCCUUUCCAGGCCCAUGCCACACUCCGGAACGUCGUCAAUUCAAGCCCCAAGACCCCUCGGACCACUCCAACGUCACCACCAGGCUCAGCCGGCAGACGACCAUUCAGUCAGUCCACAAGACGGUGCGACAGGCCCCAGCCGGCAGACGACCCGAACUUCACGUCGAUCCUCGACAACCCGCCAAACCUGGUGCGCACGGGGCGGCGCCACGGCCCGGGGCUGAUCAUCCUCGCCAUCAUCCCCAUCACCGCCUUCGCACUGGGGUCAUGGCAGGUCCAGCGGCUGCAGUGGAAGACGGACCUGAUCGCCAAGUGCGAGGACAGGCUGUUUCGCGAGCCCCUGCCCCUGCCGCCCCGCGUGGACCCGCAGGUUAUCGCCGACGAGUUUGACUACCGCCGUGUCUACUGCUCCGGGACGCUGCGCCACGACCAGGAGAUGCUCAUUGGCCCGCGCAUGCGCGACGGCGAGCAGGGUUUCAUGGUCGUCACGCCUCUCGAGAGGGCCGACGGGAGCACCGUCCUGGUCAACAGGGGCUGGAUCCCAAAGAGGCUCAAGGACCAGCGUACGCGGGCCAAGGACAGCCUGCCUACGGGUGAGGUGACGGUGGAGGGUCUUCUGAGGAAGCCUUGGAAGAAGAACAUGUUCACGCCAGAGAACAGGCCGGACAAGGGGGAGUUCUACUUCCCAGACGUGAGGCAGAUGGCUGAGCUGACGGGAGCCCAGCCUGUGUGGAUUGAGGCUACCAUGGACCCCGAUUACAUGGAGCUUAUGGAGUAUGAGCAAAAGGGCAUCCCAAUCGGCAGGCCUGCUGAGGUGAAUCUGAGGAACAACCACGCUCAGUAUAUCUUCACCUGGUAAGCUUGCUAACUCUCCCCUAAUUCUGUUAUCAUAUCCUCACGCUUGGCGCCCGUGUCACUUGUGCCUAUGAGACUCAAAUAUGCUGAUAUCUCCAUAGGUACAGCUUGUCCCUUGCCACCUCUAUCAUGUUGUGGAUGGUCAUCAGGAAGCCACCUUCAGACAUCGCAAAGCGCGUUCGUAUGAACAAGCACUGGUGAUCAGCGCAAAUGGUCCGGAAUCGACCAUGGGCCCAAUGCGCUUCAUGUCACAUCGCCAUCCUCACCAGUCGAUGGGGACCUUUGGCGCUUCUUCGCCUUGACUCGUCCUGGAGGAGGCAUUCGCAGCUCUUGCAAGAGCUCUCGUGGCAGAUAACGCUGUGCGAGCGCGAAUGGUGUAGUGCUGGCAUUGAUCUGCCGUUGUCUGACGGGGCGAAGAUGGCUCGGUUAGCAACGCCUGUACAAAAUUACAAUGAUACCCUGUUGCAAAGCGAGUCGAAAGGAUGACACGUACCUCCUCAUCAAAGUCAACAUGUCACUCUCCUCGAUCGUCUUCCGACCCGCAUGUUUGGCGUAUGCGGAUAGAUCGUCUCCGAGCUGCUCAAAGAACCAGUCGGACGCCUGCACCAGGGCUGCCAAUGUGUCUGGCGAGAUCUUGGACUUGCCGGCAAAGCGUUGGGCGACUCGCUUGACGACUCCUGGAGGAAGCGAGGGGUACUCGAUGCCGUGUUGUGAGAUUUUCUUGCCGGGCUUCUUGAAUCGAUUUGAUUUUGAUGACUUUGUCAUUUGUCCGACGACCUCUGCGAUGGCUGCGUCCGAGGCGAAGUCACCGAGAUGAAUGUCACUAUCACCUUCAGCUUCAGCUUCGCCGUCACCGCGCAGACCCAGCCACUGGUUGGUGUCAUCCUCAACCUCCAUCUCCUCAGGGAGAGGAGCGUCAUCCAUCCCAAAAGCCUCAUUCCGUGGGGAUGAGAAGCUUUCCCUCCUGGGACUCGACUCGACCUGUGGCUGCAGCAUGACUGUGCUUUGGUCGGCCUCGUCAAAAUUCACCUCGAUCGCCCCAAAGCUUCCCAGCGUCUCCCUGCGACCAGCCUCAUCAUCGUCAAUCCUUUCAAGAGUAGCAUCGUCGUCGCCGAGGCCCGCCAUGCCAGAAUCAUCUCCUUCAUCUCCAUCCCAGUUGGCCCGAGGGAAGAAGGCCGAGUCAACACCGACAUCGUCGUCGCUCGGGAGAUCGUUCAUAGGUCCAUAGUCACUCAUGCGCAUCGAAUACCUCGACUGAUUGUCUAGGGUCUGCCUGCGGGGCAGCUCUAUGCUCUGCAUUGUGAAGUUGUCCUCGAGGUCUUCCAGGCCGGACGUCCUUGGCGGUCGGAGAUCGUCGUCACUAACGUCGUCGAUCGGCAGCGACAGCCGCGGUCUGUCGAUGGGGAACUCAUCGCUAUCAUCGGGGUCUUCGGGUAUCGUAACCGGGCCGCCUUUCCUACUACGGCCCUGGCUGCGUCCACCACGCUUGCGCGUGCUAUUGUUGUUAGGGUCAUCCGGUGACGAGCUCGAAGACGUCGUGAUUGUCUUGCUCUUGGGCGCAAGUGCACGGCUCAGGGCUCGCAGCGCAUCCCGUGGCGUCUCUCUCUGGUCACGUACGGAGCGCCGACGGUUUCGGCCCGGGGUGUUGAUCUCGUUGAUAGCUGCGCGUCGCGAGUCCAAGGCGCGGAUGGCGGCACGGCCAUGGGGGGUGAAUUGGGUGGGGACUGCACUGCCUGCUCCUGCUCCCUUGCGGCCCGAGGCGGAGAGCAGGUGGCGUGACGAUCGGAAGUCGAGAACCUGGUUGCCGGGUGUUCGGAUGGAGAAGCGCGCGGCGGAUGAGGGUGGUGCGGAGGCUCGAGAGAUGUUCGGGGUCUGCUGGCUGGCGGCAGCAUCGAUAUUUUUGGGCGGGUGCGACGAGCUGCGACGGGGUGUCGCCCUGGAGGGGCUGCGCUGGCGAGUUGGCGACGACAUUUUGGGGCGCGAUGAACGAGGGCGGAGUGGGAGCUGCUGCCCACCGGAGCCCUGGUCGUCUGCCAUUUAAUCAAUUGGCAUAAAUUCUGGGCACCUCCACCUUUUGCCGUGGGGGGUCCUUGUCGGUGAUUCACUUGACGGUGUGAAAACGAGUGCGCGCGUGUGUGUGUGUGGAGCUGGAGGUGUAGGUAGUCCGUCAUCGCUUGACGUGCUACCAGAUGGGUGCAACGGGACGCGCCUGACGCGUCCGUCUGGGAGCUCCAUGGUCCCUAUCUCUUCCUUGCUACUGCGAGAUUCACGACAGGGGUGUGCAUAGCUUGAGC